AUGUUCCUCACCACUGGUUGCCGGACUUGUAGCCGCCCUCCUCACCUAAGUGCAACCUCCUUAAGUAUUUCUUCUGGGGCAGAAACUGACCAAUUCAGAUAUAGUUGUUAUUCGCUGUAUGACAUUGCCCAGAUAUAUGAGUUUUCAGUUAUCUAUCUAUCUAUCUAUCUAUCUAUCUAUCUAUCCAAACCUGCAGAACGACAGGUGGAUCUGCAAAGACAUCGUGAAGCAUACGAUAUUUCACUCCUCCGUCAUGAUCCUUGGCGUAAUGCGCCGUUCUUCUUUCAAAAGGUGCUGAGAAUCAUCGCUGAUAUCUACCAGGAGGUGCUGAGGAGCGUGGUGAAUCCCUGGAUAGACGAGAUCGCCGCCGGAUGCCAUUACGUCUUCCAGCAGGACUUCGCCCCUGCACACAAGGCGAAGACGACCCAGGCGUGGCUACUCAACAAUGUUCCUUACCACUGGUCGCCCGGACUUGUGGCCGCUCUCCUCAUCCGAUUGCAACACUCUUGA